AUGGGCAACCGUUUCGUCUCCCCUCGUAUCGAGAGGAGAGCUGUACUCCUCUUUCUUUCUGCCUACUUCUCCAGUUACGCUUCCGCAACCGCUGUACCCGAAUCAGUGGACGUUGCCAUUAUCGGUGCUGGUCUUUCUGGUCUCACGGCAGCGCGAGAGCUCCUUCACGGUGGCAAGUCUGUCGUUGUGCUUGAAGCCAGAGACCGUGUCGGCGGCAAAGUGUACAACCACCCUCUGAAGAAUGGCGGUGUCACCGAAGUAGGCGCUGAAUUCGUUGGUCCGACACAGGAUAAAGUCCUACAAAUGAUCUCUGACCUAGGACUGGAGACUUUUGAUACAUAUGCCGAAGGGAAAACCAUCUUGUGGCGCAACAAUACCCGCCUUACCUAUACACCGGAUCCAGCACUCGGUGGUGCACCGCCAAUUGAACAGUCGUCUCUCGUUGAAGUCGCUGGUGCACAGGGGCAACUGAACGCAUGGGCAGCUGAGCUCAAUACGAGUGCCCCAUGGGCACAUCCCAAGGCUAAAGAGCUGGACAGCAUGACUUUCCAGCAAUUUAUCGAUCAGCAAGCAACCCUCUCGGACACCUCUCUUGUAUUGACCACAGCAUGCAAGGCCAUAUUUGCUGCAGAACCACGCGAACUCUCCUUGUUAUAUGUCGUCGCAUAUAUUGCAGCCACUGGAAACGAAACAACUGUCGGAACCCUAGACAGAUUGACCGCCAUCAAAGACGGUGCUCAAAAGAAACGGGUAGUGGGUGGAACCGGUCUCAUUCCGGAGACCCUAGCGAAGAAAGUCGGCAGUGAGCAUAUCGCCCUCAAUGCCGCUGUAUCAGCUAUCACCAAGACAGCCCAUGGUUACAAAGUCGUUUCUCGAGCGGGAAUGGUACAUGCGAAGGAGGUCGUACUAGCUAUGGCACCUCCGCUGCUGCGCCAAAUCAACUUCUCACCAUCACUUCCCAGCAGCCGCAACCAACUCAACCAAGAGAUGAGGAUGCCCUCGAUUGGGAAAGGCAUUCCAAUCUAUACAACUCCCUUUUGGCGCCACGAUAAUCUGAGCGCACAAGUCUUUUCUGACUAUGGCUCCACCAAAGUAACCUUCGACAGCACCCCCGAGGAUACCUCUUUCGGCGCAAUUCUAGGCUUCAUUCUCGGCGACGAAAUGCGUGCUUUGGAUAAACUGACCCCGGCGCAAUGCGAGAAGAAGCUCCUGGCCGAUUACAAAAGGUACUUCGGGGAAAGCGCGACAAACGUGACUGAGUUUGUGCUACAGCGCUGGGACUUGGAAGAAUGGUCCAGAGGAGGUCCAGUAGCGGUUGCUCCACCUAAUGUGCUCACACAGCACGGAAGCGCGUUAAGAGCAAAGGUCGAUGGGUUGCAUUUUGCUGGUACGGAGACGAGCCCGUACUGGACUGGGUACAUGGACGGCGCUAUCCGAAGCGGAGAAAGAGUUGCUAAGGAGAUUCUAGAAGACUGA